AUGGAUACGAGAUCUGAUGAAGCUUACGCGGUGAUGAAACACCUGUCAAGCAACAUAAAAAAGCGCGAUAACUUCGAUGUUUAUGGGGAAUAUGUAGCGAACACAUUACGCAAUCUUCAAAACAAAUCAAUUGUGGCCUCUACGAAAUUUCAAAUUAAUAACAUUCUCUAUCAAGCAGAAAACGCAGACAUGUCAGAAAAUACACCUGGGCCAUCCAUAUCAUCCACCACACCAACAUGGUCUGCUCCAUCUACACCCUGCCCUACUUCAUGUUCAAUCGACAAUCAGUCAUGUACUGAAGAUACUAUGCACUUGGGGGAUUCCGUAGUAGUGAGUGCAACGAUACUGGAUGAUGUCCUCCACAACACGGCGGCAGUGGUGGCGAACUGUUCCUCCUGCUGGAGGAACGCCUCCUCGAGCAACUCGACAACGAACGACACCGCAGUGUUGGACGACGAGGACGUGCCAACGACCAGUACAGUUGUUAUCAUAUUCUUAUCUACUAUAUUAGGCCUUAUGAUUCUUGUUACCGUUGUAGGUAACGUAUUUGUUAUAACUGCAAUAUUUAUCGACAGGAAUUUGCAAAGUGUUGCUAACUACCUCAUUGUUUCCUUGGCUGUUGCUGAUUUGAUGGUUGCUUGUCUAGUUAUGCCAUUAGAUAAGCAACAACUGGAUGAUGGGUCCAGAAGUAUGUGAUAUGUGGACAUCGAUUGAUGUUCUUUGUUCCUCAGCUUCUAUAUUACAUUUAGUAGCCAUUGCGUUAGACAGGU